GCGCUGGAUGGCGGCUGCGCGUUGCAAGCGGCGGCCUCGCGGAGCCUCAAGCGGGCGCCUUGGUUGGCUGGCUGGCUGAUGCGCAAGGCUCGCCCACUAGCAGCGGCCUUCCGGGGAGAACUUCUCCGCCGAGCCACCGGGUAAGUGAAAAGGCUGAAGAUACUAAGAAGCCUUCAAUCAAGGUCCAGUGGCAUUAAAAGGAAAUCAGACACUACGUCUCUGAUACAUUUGAGUGAAGAGACCAAACAUGUCAGGAGUCAAGAGGACUAUUGAAGAGAUGGACCCAGAUUAUGAAGAGAUUUCAGUUGUGCAGUCAAAUAAACAUCACAAAGCCGCUGAACAAUCAGCUCGAGAUGCUGCCGUGCAAAAGAUUGAGGCUAUUAUUAAAGAGCAAUUUUCAGUCGAAAUGAAGAAUAAAGAACAUGAAAUUGAAGUUAUAGAUCAGCGCCUUGUUGAGGCAAGGAGAAUGAUGGAUAAACUGCGAGCCUGCAUUGUUGCAAACUACUAUGCCUCUACUGGCCUUCUUAAAGUCGGAGAGGUGACCAAGGCAUGUGACCCCAUGGUGUUUAACCAUCCUUCUAUCAAGAAAUUUUUGGAAUCUCCCUCCCGAUCAUCUUCUCCUGCUAAUCAAGGGUCAGAAACUCUCUCCGUUAUCCAUUCAGAAAGUGAAUCAUCUCAGCACACGGACUUUUUGACGGGAAAGGACAGUGUUAACCUGGAUGCAGAAGAGAGAGUGCCAAACAAGCUCAGUCAAAGAUUGAGCAAGAAUUCUGGUCAGGGCACCUCAGGCGUUUCAAGAGAUCACAAAGUGGGGCAGAGGAAGGCUAAUCUCUCACAUGAGGAGCACUCACGGUUGUUUGUGAAAAAAACGAUUGUGGUUGGCAAUGUCUCCAAAUAUAUUUCUCCUGACAAAAGAGAAGAGAAUGAUCAGUCCACCCAUAAAUGGAUGGUGUAUGUACGAGGGUCCCGGAGAGAGCCCAGUAUUGAUCAUUUUGUUAAGAAAGUUUGGUUCUUCCUUCACCCCAGCUACAAACCCAAUGAUCUUGUCGAAGUCAGGGAGCCUCCUUUCCACUUGACCAGGCGGGGCUGGGGAGAGUUUCCUGUGCGGGUUCAGAUUCACUUUAAGGACAGCCGGAACAAAAGGAUCGAUAUCAUACAUCAUCUGAAGUUGGAUAGAACAUACACCGGCCUACAAACACUUGGUGCUGAAACGGUUGUGGAUGUUGAGUUACAUCGUCAUUCCCUGAGAGAGGAAUACCUCUUCUCCCACUCAUCAGAUUCUGAUCUUUCCGAUGCUUCCAACUCACUACAUUUGCCUUUAAAUAUGCCAGCUCCUGUGAAAGCAUCUUCGCCAAUAAAACAAGGGCAUGAAUCCAUUGCAGAAUCAAUUGCUGAAAAAGGUUUUAAUACUGAGGCUGAAAGACAUACAGCUUUUUACUCCCUGACAUCAUCUUUAGAACGGACUCCCACUAAGCUCGCAGCCCAGAAAGUUACUUUUGGCUCUCAUGGCAACUCAGCUUUUCAGCCCAUUGCAGCUAGCUGCAAAAUCAUACCUCAAGGCCGAAUCCCGAGCCCUGCUGAAUCUCCAGGCAAGUCUUUCCAGCCCAUCACCAUGAGCUGCAAGAUUGUAUCAGGUUCUCCAAUAUCAACUCCAAGUCCAUCUCCACUCCCUCGGACCCCAACCUCCACACCAGUGCAUAUGAAGCAAGGGACUACUACCCCAGUGGUCAAUAACCCUUAUGUUAUUGUGGAUAAACCUACCCAGACGGUUGGAGUAGCGACCACAAGCACAGGAAGCUCUGCAAGUAAAGUUACAAAUGUUUCCCAGGCUUCUCAUGGGACGGGGUCUCCAGUCUCAAAGAUCCACGGAAGCAGUUUUGUAGCCUCCACUGUCAAGCAGGAGGACUCGCUCUUUGCAACCAUGCCCCCUCUUUGUCCAAUUGGGAGCCACUCCAAGGUACAAAACCCUAAAUCAGUGACAGGAGGACCUGGGACGUUCACAAAGGUCAUCAUCAAGCAAGAGCCUGGAGAAUUUCCCCAGCAGUCUCCAGUGCCAGCGGCCGGGACAGCCUCUCAGGCUCCAGUGCAGCAAUAUGUCACUGUGAAAGGGGGUCAUAUGAUAGCUCUGUCACCCCAGAAGCAGAUUGUGAGCACAGGAGAGGGGUCAGCAUCAUCUAAGAUGGUCAGUGUUCCGGUCGGCUCAGCUUUACCAGCAACAGUCAAGCAAGCUGUGGCCAUUGGUGGUGGGCAGAUAUUAGUGGCAAAAUCCAACCCUUCAGCAGUAAAAACAGUUGGAGGAAAACAGGUUGUAACUCAAGGAGUGGCAAAAGCAAUUGUGAGUAGCGGUGGAGGGACCAUCGUUGCUCAGCCAGUACAGACUCUAACAAAGGCUCAGGUUCCAGCAACAGGAGUUCCAAAGAGUGGACCUCAAGGCUCAGUAAUGGCAACACUGCAAUUACCAGCCACUAACUUAGCCAACUUGGCAAAUCUACCCCCCGGCACCAAACUGUACCUUACUACAAACAGCAAGAAUCCUUCUGGGAAAGGGAAACUGCUGCUCAUACCUCAAGGAGCCAUUCUGCGGGCUACAAACAAUGCCAAUCAACAGUCGGGCUCUUCAGCAAGUGCAAGUGGAGGAACCCAAAACACAAGCACUGGUUUAUCUCAGCAUCUCACCUACACUUCCUACAUCCUCAAACAAACACCACAGGGCACAUUUUUAGUCGGUCAGCCAUCUCACCAAAGCUCAGCAAAACAAGCAGCAUCAGGAACAGUUGUGCAAAGCAGUGCGAGUGCUGCAGCAUCAUCUUCACAAGGACACCAGGCACUGAAAGUAAUAACUGGACACAAAACGGCUGCUUUAUUUGCACAGGCAGCUUCCGGUGGGCAAACUUCACUGGUGAAAAUAUCGGAUAAUGCAUUGAAAUCCUUACCAGCAUCAUCACAGCUCUCAAAACCUGGCACUACGGUGUUAAGAGUAUCUGGCGGGGUGAUCACUGCCGCAACAACUCCUCCUGCAGCACCUCCAUCAAACGGAGUAUCUCAGCCAGCGGAGAGUGCAGGUUCUAACUCAUCCCCAGCUGCAGGCCCCGUAGUGAAGGCAUCUGGGCAACAACAGCAAGGGCCUGUCAGCCAUACGCAGACAGCACCAGCUACGCCUAACAAGACAAGCGCAUCUGCUGUUGUAAGCAUUGCUUCUUGGGUUACUUCUCCCGCCCCAACAUCUGGGAAAACGACAGUAUCAGGGGUGUUAAAGAUCCACUCAGGUCAGAACAGCCCACAGCAGGCUGUUUUGACCGUUCCCAGCCAACUCAAGCAACUUGGUGUGAGUGCUGCCUCCGGAGGGGUCCAGACUAUAUUGAUGCCUGUGAAUAAAGUGAUACAGUCACUUUCUUCCAACAAAGUGUCUGCGGUUACACCUGUAAGUUCAGCUAAUUCAACUGUUCCAAGUCCUUCCACAGUGUCUGUUGCAAAAGUUAAGCUAGAGCCUGAUCCUGUGGGACAGAGCUGCAGUUCCCUGGUUUCCCAAGAUGGUCCAGUGUCAAUAAAGGCAGAAGAGAGCUCUGAACUUGGAAAUUACAUCAUUGGGGCAGAAUAUUUAGACAACCUUCAGGAGCUUUUGACGGCAAUAGUUAAGAAAGUACCAUUAAUUGCUGAGAGAACUGAAGAUGGCAAUUCAUUCUGUGCCAGUUCUGUGGAACAGUAUUAUAGUUGGAAUAUUGGAAAACGGAGAGCUUCUGAGUGGCAACGCGCACUAACAAUAAGGAAAAUCCUCCAUGAAAUCAUAGAAAAACAUCCUAAAUUCCACAGCAUUAGUCCAUUAAAAACCAAGCAAGUUGUCCAGUGGUGUCGCUUCCAUGGCUAUACGCCGCCUGACCCAGAAGCCCUUAGGAAUGAAGACUCCAUUGAGGAUGUGCUGACGCAAAUAGACAGCGAGCCAGAGUGCUUAUCUACGUACUCCUCUGGGAAAGAACUGUGUCAAAAACUCAAAGAAUUGGAGCGGUUCCUCAAGGAAGAGCCCGACAAUGAUGAGGAAAUAGACAUUCUCAAUAUCACCGAGUCUCUGAAAAUAAACAUUAAGAAGGAACAGGAAGAGAAGCAAGAGGAGGAAAGUUUCUACGUGGAAUCCCAGCCCGCGUCGGAGUUUGUGCGUGAGACAGUACAACAGAUAGGAAUUUCCUUACAGCCUGUAGAGCUUCACAAGAAUAUAUAUGCAUCAGUCAUAGAAGAUAUGAUAUUGAAGGCUACAGAACAAUUGACAAGUGAUAUCCUAAGGAAAGCAUUGGCAAUUGGCUGCCAAGCAGCUCCACGCAACAGGAGUCCAAGAGAGAUCACAGUGAUGAACAUUCACCAAGCCAUCUGUAAUAUUCCCUAUCUGGACUUUCUCACAAACAAGCAUAUGGGAAUCAUGAGCGAUGAACAGUGAUUUGGACGGCAAAGGCAUUCAUACUGUUCUAAGUAUUUCUAAGCACAUCUUUGAAGUGCUGCAGAUUGGUUUCCUCUAAUCAGGAGUGGGCAAAGUUGGUCACAUGCAGCCCAGCCAAAGCCCCCCCCCCCUUCAAAUGUUGGAGAGGGAUGAGCUUAAUGGCGCACAAUUGAUUCUUUGGCAACAUUUUGCCCUUAUUUCACCUUUUAAAGCUUAUUGUGGGCUCGUUAGAGUGUGCAUCUUCUAGAAUGAGCCAGUAAGUCUUUCUUCAAAAGAGGAUGUAACCAGAGUAGGAAAUCUGAUCUUGUCCUAGUUUGAAAAUAAACCUGGGUAAAAUUGCCUGAAAAUAUGGUUGAUUUUUUUCUUUGUAAAUUACCUUUUUCAGAAAAGCAUCAACCUUUUUCCCCAUUCUGCCCAAGAGUCAGCUGAUUUUAUUGACAGUUUCUUCUAAACCAGCUUGCUGUUACGACAAUAUUAGAUCAUGGCCUAGAUUACUGGAGUUAAAUUUUAGCAUGGAAAUUAUUCAUUAUACAACCUUUUAUUAAAGUUAUCCAGUAAAUAAAAGUUACCUCUGGAGACUUGGCAUCUCUGUUGUUGCGAUGACAAGCAAGGUGAUAAAUGAUGAAAUUAUUUGGACAUAAUGCUAAACUGUAUGUAGCAUUGAAAAAAUAUGCAGAACCAGACCAUCCUCUAGGCACACCUGGAUUCCCUUUCUCCCUCUAGUACAGUCUCAAGGAUUUAAGAACUUUUCACCUCAUAAAAACCAGGCAGGAUCAAACCAUAGGUCUGUUGAGUCCAGCAUUUUGUUCCCAUAGUAGCCAACCAGUUUCCUAUGGAAGUCCAUAAGGAGGACAUCGGUGUAAUAGCUUGCGUUCCCCAGAUAUAAUUGCUUCCAGUGAAUUGCAGUUUGUGUAUUAUAUGAACUUAGAAAAAAAUUCAUGAAUCUUAACUAAGACUACUGGAAACAAACCAGCACCAUACUGUAGUUAAUGCAUUUAAUUUUCGUUAACUGUAGUUGAGAUUAACCACAAUUUAGUAUAACAUUGAAGGUGGAUCUAAAAUGGAAGCAAAACCUUCCAGUCUUCUUAUGUCCAUGUCAUACUGGAGCCAUGACAGGGCUGUGUUUGUUAGGUUUGUUCCGGUCCAGUCAGAGAUCUGGUGAGAAGAAGACUUGUCCUGGUCUCAAUUUUAGACUGGUACAUAGAGAAGCAGCAAAACAAUUCUGAUGUAAGAUGCCAAGCCAGACCUGGCAAAAUUUCAGAUGUUUGUCUGCUGUAGGCUGGGAAGCCAUCCAACGUGACUAAUAUGAAAUCAGCUGUUAUGAGGAAAUGGUUGAACCCCCUCAUGUCACUUGCCUGGUUUGUGCUUUCUGCUGCAAGAAAUAAUUUUCAGUCUUGUUUCUUGUGAGCUGCCAAAAACUGAAAUCCUUGGCCAGCAAAAAUAUAAAAAAAGAUAGAAUCACAACAGGAAGCUUUUUUUAGUCAGUCCAUCUGCUCAAAUCUUGAUUAUUUUUGCUUUCUGAUUCUAAUAUCUUGAAUUGUGUAGAGCCAAUCUACACAAGGUCCUGACUAUAGAUAUUAACUAUGGCAACAUUAAAUCAGGCAAAAAGGAACAAUGUUUUGGGUUGUUGUGUGUUUUCCGGGCUGUGUGGCCAUGUUCCAGAAGCAUUCUCUUCUGACGUUUAGCCCGCAUCUAUGCCUGCCAUAGAUGUGAGUGAAACGUCAGGAGAGAAUGCUUCUGGAACAUGGCCAUACAGCCUGGAAAACACACAACCCUGGGAUUCCAGCCAUGAAAGCCUUCAACAACAAAUUGAACAAACUUUUCUUCAAGAUCUGUCAGUCCUAGCAGUAUUGGAGGGAUUAGGAACUCUUUGAGUACUAAUUUUUAAAUAUAUAUAUAUAUUCUGAAGGGAAAUCCACAUGUUCUGUUGCUCCCCAUGUAUGGUUCCUUCCUCUUCACAGUUCACCUUCUAUGCAUGUUUUACUUAGAUGUAAGUAUUAAGAGAGUGGAACCAACCCAGGGGCUUUUUAAAAAAAUACUGUUAGUCUCUGCUGCAUUUGGGGGGCAUUGGUUGGGAAGGAUAGUAUUAAAUAUCCCUUCUAUGUCCAGACUAUUACAUGUGCCCUUCACUGAGGCAAAUGUGGGCAGCCACAGUGGCAGUCAGGAAAAACACUGUAAUACAGGAUCUGUGAAGAAAGUAAAGCACCGGGGAAAUAGGAUGCUCAAGGCAAGUAGAUUUUGGCAGGCCUUUUCUCUCACUGCUGUACAAUCCUUCAAAAAAAAACCUACAACCACCUGCCUAGGGCCUCCCCAGGAAUUGGUCCUCUGUGCUUUCGUUUGAGUAAAGCAAAAACAAAGAGGUCUGUGCAUACUGCAUAUUUAAUGGAACAUACUGUUUGACCAACACUAACAAACCCCUUUACUUUUAACUGAUCUUCUUAACAUUUUGCUUCGUUGAUCUUAUUCUCAAGUAGACAUUUAGGAGGGAAAUCUGAACAGAUCAGUCUAACAGAGGUAGCAAUGGAGGCCAUAGUCUGAUAGAAAGGAACUUGGGAAAGCUCCUUUUUGGAAUCACUGUCCCCACUAUUCCUAGAAGGCUUUUAUGAGUAAAUUUCACAAGUCAUAGAAGGGGGAAAAUAAUAGCAUGCAGGAUUUGCUUUUGUUUGGGCAGACUUUUCAUUCACUUGGGAAUUAAAAGUGUUUGUUCAGCAAAUACUCUGGUGUGAUUUCUAUUAACAUGUCUUUGCAGUGAAGCUAAAGUUAAAAAAAAUGUACCACUGCAAUUGCUCCUUUCAAAUAAAUUUAAGAGUACGUGUUCAGAUUGGUUCUUGUCUUAAACUGGGGAUAGGAAGCAUGCAGCCAUUCAGAUGUUGGCCACGGGUCCCAGCAGCCCAAAACCAGUGCUGGGAACUGUGCUCUGGAAGGCCAUAUGAUUCCCACCCGAUAUAAACUCUCUGUGUUAACUGUAUUAUAAUGUAUAAUUGUGUAAUAUACAUUUAUAAUAAAUUUUCUUUAUUAAA